UCUUCCAUGGGACCAUAGCCCUAAGCUUCUAAGAAAUCGCGCUGUACCGGAAAUUACAAGAAUUAGAAGGAUAAGCCAUUCGUAUCUGUUUCAAGCUCUGCAAUUGGAAAGGGGAGAGAGAGAGAGAGUCGAGGGAUUUCAUCUGAGAAAAUGGCUUCUUCGAACAACUACAAGAGAAAAAUGGAGGGGUCAGAAAACGGGGGAAGAAAAACGGGGUUUUCUGAUGGGCCGCCUGCGAUGGAUGAAGUAGAAAUAGCGAAACAGAGGGCUCAGGAGAUUGUCGCCCGUCUCGUUAAUACCGCAGAGGCCAAACGUCCUCGCAUCGAGGACGAGUCCGCCCGCACAGCCACUGAGCCAAAGCCUCCAAGUCAGUCCAUUCAAAAUCUGCAGUAUGGUGACUUAUCUUCAAUGGCACAGCAGAAUCAGUCAUCUAAUUUUCAGGGUUCAUCUCGGAAGUUUGAUGUGCCAAAUCCCAAGGUUGGUCUUCUCAUUGGUAAAGGCGGGGAGACAAUCAAGUAUCUCCAGCAAAACUCUGGUUGCAAGAUACAAAUAACUAGAGAUGCUGAUGCAGAUCCAUUUUCUCCAACCAGAGAAAUAGAAUUAAUAGGUCCUCUAGACCGUAUUAACAAGGCUGAGCAACUUAUCAAGGAUAUCAUUGCCCAGGCUGAUGUAGGGGUUUCGGGCGCACAAAUUGCUCGAGGAUUCAAUGGUUUGCAACCUGGAGGAGAGCAGAUCCAAAUACAGGUUCCAAACAAUAAGGUGGGUUUGAUCAUUGGCAAGGGAGGUGAGACUAUUAAAAAUCUUCAAAGUAGGUCUGGAGCUCGUGUUCAGUUGAUCCCAUUGCACUUGCCCGAGGGAGAUACAUCUACAAGUAGAACUCUACAGUUGACUGGCAAUGCUAAUCAAAUAGAGGCUGCUCAGGAGAUGAUCAAGGAUAUCACUAGUGAGAAUCGUUUCAAAGGCUCACCUAUGAUGGCGCUUCCCAAUCAGCAAGGCUAUGGCCCACGUGGUCCCGCUGCACAGUGGGCCCCCAGAGGGCCACCACCAGUGCAGUAUCCAGGUUAUGGUUAUGGACAUCAGCAGCAGGGAACUUUGCCCUAUCCUGGGUUAUCCCAGUACCAAUCCCAACCAUAUGGCAGUUACCCAUCACAGCCUCCUAAUGGCACUGGACAGGAUCAAUGGGCUCCUGCACCUGCUCAAGCACAACAACAAACUGGAGAGUAUGACUACUAUGGACAACAAGUGCAGACAGGGACACCAUCAACUGAGGUUAACUAUGGAUAUGGGCAAGCACAAGGCGGAGGGUAUGGAGUUCCAGGCAUAUAUGGGCAACAAGUGGCAUCUCAGCAAAGCUAUGCUCAAGGAUAUGGGGAUCAAGGGUCAUCCCAGCAGGUUUACCGACAGCAAGGAAAUGAUGAAGGUUAUGAUCAGCAAGGGAAUCCUCAACAAGGGUAUGUUCAGCAAGGAAAUCCUCAACAAGUGUAUGUUCAACAAGGAAAUCCUCAACAAGGGUAUGUCCAGCCAGGGAAUUCUGAGCAAGAGUAUGCCCAGCAAGUUGGACCUCCUGGAGUCUCUGGAUCAGAAGCAGUGUCACAGACGGGACCUCCCACAGGAACUUAUGGAAGACAGAGUUCUUCUCAGAAAGGAUUUUUUGAACAAGGCUAUGGAACUCCAGGGCUUUCUCAUGUGCCACAUGGUUUAAAGCAAGGGUAUCCACAGGAAGGGAAUGGGGUGUCAGGAGUUUCUAAUGAUGGACAUAAUCAACAGUCAUCUCCUAAGCCUGGGUACGAACAGAAGGGAACUCAGUCUGGGUACGGCCAACCCUUAUCAGCGCACCCUUCUUAUGGACAGAAUAUACCAUCUCAAUCAAGUUAUGGACAGCAAUCAUCAUCUCAGCCAGCAUAUGUACAGCAGAGUAUAACUCAGCCAGGCUAUGCUCAACAGGCCUCAGCACAGUCUGGGUACAGCCAACAGGUACCAACUCAAAUUGGUACUGCACUCAAGGAAUCCUCUCAAACCUAUGAGCAAGAGGGAUUAUCUCAGCCAGUCCAAGUGAAACAAGAGUCUUCUCAGGUUGCUUCUGGACAAAAUAUACCCCCUUAUCCUGGAUAUGAGCAACACAAAGCCAGUCAGAAGGCAUAUGAGUGAUCUACAGAAGGAGGAUUUGAUUAGCACACAUUCGGCAAUUACAUUACAGAUGAUCUCUCUGGAAAUGGAUUUUGUAAUUGUGGUUAAAGAUUGAAUAGGGAAAGGACAUGGGAUUUGUUAGAAAGCCUUAAAAGAAACUUUCUGAGGGUAAACUUUCUUUUAGUCUGAUGGUUGAUAAGCUGCAGAGUUUAUGGUAAUGUUUAUUUAUGUAAGGAGGGUUCUCGACUCAAAUUGCUUAUUCUUGACUUGACCUUUUUUGUAGCUUGCUAUUUUUGCCAAGCUUAUUUGAUAUGAUGUUCAUGCAAUUGAAUAUUGUAGAGGAUUUUUUCGUGCA